UGCGUGCGUUCGGCUCUGCGUCGCGUUAACUUGUCUCACUAACCGCGACGACGACGACGCAUCGCCGAUAAGAGAGCGGAAGCAACGAACAGCGAGAGGAGACUGCGUGACUCCCUAUCGCGUCGAAUGUCCAGAAUAUGGGGGAAAAAUUAUAUAAAGCCAUCAAAGUUACAAUUGCAUGGAAAACUUUUCGACUUUGCUCGUAUAUAUGUCUCGAAGAGAAUGUGGAGGGGGAGAUGACAUCUCUCCUUUAAACGCAAUUGAUACAAUUCACGUUUGAUGCAACGUCCGAUUACGAUGUGUAUAACGCGUCCAUUUUCAUCAGUGUAGAUUAAUUUUGAUUUCAAUUUAACUUAUUUUCUAUCUCUUUCGCUCUAUAAAAACUAAAACAAAGUAAAAAGUAAAGUUAAAUCGAGAUUAAAGUUUAUCUGCAUUGAUAAAAGUGUAGAACAUACAUAUAUAUAAGUAUAUGAGAAUACGAAACGAGCGUUGUAAACGCUGUAACGCAAUUUUCUAUCGAUUCCCCGGACCCCGUAUUUUUCUCUCUUUACAUUAAUUAUUACGUGCAUUAUUAAUCAUUUGUAUCGAUCUUUUUCUCUCGAGAAGUUCUUGCUGGACGCAUCAAAUAAAAAAAGACCCACGAAGAAAAAAAACGCGAAUUAGGCCAAGUAAAAAGCUUGUAAUAAUCAUUCUUAUUAAUGUAUAAUUAAUUUUAAUCUCGGAUUAACUUACCAUUUAUCUUUUGUGAUUUUCAGAAUUUGAAAAAGAUAAAAAGUAAGCUAAGCCGAGAUUAAAUUUAAUCUACAUUACUGAAAAUGGACAUAAAACUCGUAUCAGACCACGCACUGAAAAUUGGAGGAGUGUGAAUUGAAGAUCUAGAAUUCGAUAAAUCAGAUUAAUCAAAUUUAAUUUUAAUUUGUUUUGAUUGAUGGAAUUUUAAUCUUUGGAAUCCUCAUUUUAGUGAAAAAUUUUCUUCAAAAUUAUUAUAUAGGUUGGAACUUUUCAGAAACACUAAGAAAAUCUACAUCUCAAUUUCUAUGAUUCUACGUUUAUAAAUUUUUGAAUAUUUUAAGAAUUUUCUUAGUUCUACAAAAUAUUGUAGAUUUUUUCAGAUUUUAUACAAUUUUAUUAGAAAUAGUAAAAGAAAGAAUAAAAACCGCUUAUAAAGUCAAAGUUGGUUAGAGUUUGCUGUAUAUUUUAAUCAAUCUUCUAUUUAAGAAAUGUACAAACGUUUCGGGACAAUGUUUUCCAUAUACAAAUCCUCGGUAUACAAAUAAAUUUUCUCACAGUUACAAGAACUUAGUGCAGUCAAUACAUGUACUAGAAUAGUGAUCGUCGUAAUGCAAGUCUAAAUUUUUCUUGAAAUGCAGACAAAAUUAGAAAGUUCUUUUUUUCUGGCUUUUAUAUGCCUUUUAUAUUUUCAUUGAUUAUUAUUUUAUUUUAAAAUAUUUUUUCAUUAUUUAAUCACUACCUUUAUAUUAACUAGAUUACAUCUGAAUUUGUUGAUAGAAUGCAAGAAUCCGGUAUGAACAAGAAUUGUAUCAAAAUAAGUAGGUACGUGGUAAUGGCACCAGCCAUCUAAAAAAGAUUACGAAAGAAUAAUUACAUUUAUAUAACAAAAACAAAUGAUCGAUUACUUACAGUAGUGAGAAGCGUAGCAUCUAGAGUAAAUGCUUUUACUGAGAAUAUAUUCUUGCAAUGCUUUAAUUGCAGGGAAAAUAGUUGCAACUGUAACGUCAGAUAGUAAGAUCGAAAAAUUUAUUCAGAAUUGGAAGUAGUUAUAAGUCGGAUAAUAUGUUAAAAAUUACAUUAAUAAGACAUCAUCAAAAAGAUAUAUAAAGUAUACAAAUAAGUUACAUAUUUUUAAUCUACCUCAUAUUUUAUUUGCUCAUCGCUGGUGUUAUUAAGCACGUAAUGAACGGCGAUGUUGAUCUCUGCAGCUUGAUUUUUGGCGCUUUCGCAAGUCCAUAUUAUCAAUAGCAUUUUUAGAGAAAAAUAUGUCGUAUUCACUAUCAAAGACAAAUCAUAAGCCUGGUUGCUAUAAUUAUUUACUACCAUGCCAAUUUUCCAAUGCAUUAGGUAGAAGUAUAGUACGAAAGUGACUUGCAUGAAAGUCGUAAUUAUAGUAGCAAGAAGUUGCAAAUUAAAAAUCAUGUUUAGCACUUGCACUGUAUCGGUGAUCAUUAAAUGUUGCUUCUUCAAAGCUUUGAUUUUUAUUAGCAAGAAUGGAUUUCUUUGCUUGUGAUAGGUUUCCUUCAGUACAUAUGACUUAUCGUUCAUCAUAAUUUUUUGCAGAUUUACCAGAUUGUCGUUGAUUUGCUUGAAACAAGCUUUUAUUACACAAACACAAUUCAUGUAUAGCAUGUCGAUUUGAAACAUCAACAAGUCGACAUAUAGUAUGUAAAUAAAUCCCAAAACAUAAGGAUUUUUUAUGAAUAACAUCAAGUCGUAGAUGAUUAUAAAAAAGACACCCAAAAUAUCUUUGGCAUGGAUUAGUCUAGAUAGAUUUUGAUAUGAUUCCGAGGGUAAUCUUAAAGAGACUUUCAGUAGAGUUUGAAUUAAACGCAUUCGUGGCUUAUUUAAAAUAAAUGUGACGAUUAUUAUAGAAAUGCUAGAAAUGGCGCAGUAAAUGUUUAGAAGUUUUUGGGGAAUGUUUAUAUGUUCAAAUUCAGAUAUAGUACAAAACACCAUUAGUACAUAAGUGCAGUAAUAGCAGAUAAAGAUAAUUGAUAGAAAACAGCCUUGUUUACAAGUCUUGAUGGUUUCAGUUUUGAUCUUGUAUGGAAAUAUUCCCAGAAUGUAGCAAAAAGUUAAGCAGGGAUACAUCAGUGAUUCAAAAUUCGUGGCAUGGAAUAGCUGCCAUAUAUUUCCUUUUUUUUUGAAUCUUUGGAACUUCGAUGAUAAUUCGAACAUAUUUACCGAAGUAUUAUAAGAGAACAAAAAUCUUUAUUGUAGAUUAUAAUCAAAUAAAUAUCAAUUACGUCAAUGAGUGUUAAUGUUAAAACUUUAGUGUUAAUGUGUUCACAUUUUUUCUUUUUAAUAUAACUUUUUAAUAUUUUCACAGCAAAUGCGUAAAAUGAUGUAAACUUUUUGUAAUGUCUAUUCCUGACGAAUUUAAUUUGAAAACUGCUAACACAAUUUUUAUAUUGUAUAGCAAAAUGGGACUAAAGAGUAUGACGACAAAAUAACUAUGGUUUUCGAAACAUACGUAAAACAAUUGUUUGUAAUUGCUGUAUAAUUUACUAUCUUGCGUAUCUCGAUUAUGUACAAAACGAAUAAGCAUUAUCGAUAAGAUCUAUUAGAUUCAUGUAUUGUUAAGUACAAAUUAUAAUAAAUAUCUAUAUUUAUCUGAGUAAAGUCUAGAAAAACAAAUUUUUAUUUUAAACUAAUAGUUAUUUUGAUCGAUAUUUGAUAAAUUUUAUAUAGUACGAUAGUACAAUUAUUUAUUUAAAACAAUUAGAUAAAGUAAUUGGAUUUUCCGUAUUUAAUACUGCUAUUGUGCUUAUUAUGAAGUUUUUCAGAUUUCUUAAUUUUAAUUAAAUUCAUAUUAAAUGUAUCUAUAGAUAAAUAAAACAUUAUAAUAGAAAUAUACAUCUUAUGCUGAUAUAUAAAAUCAAGGAAACCAAAUUUUUACUUUAAAUAAAAUAAACAGUUUUUUUUAAUCAACAUAGUGUAUUUAAUGUACUUUUUACGUAGACUAUAUUCGACUUUCGUAAUAAUUGUGACCAUAUCAAAAUUGAGAAUGUUCAUUAAAAGAUUCCUACGGCAUUUUACAAUGAUUACAAUAAUUAAAACAAGUGAUAGAAUACUGACAGAAUAGGACUUUUUAAUUUUACUAUUGAGAAAAAUUUAGAAUUGCAUUACGACGAUCAUUAUUCUAGUGCCACCAGACAAUUUGAAUGCAUAGUAUAAACUUUAAAGUACUACAAGUGAUACUAUAAAACACACAGCUAAAAAAUUACGUGAUACACACGUAUUAAAAAAAAAAAUAUAUAUCUGUAAGAAGUGUUCACGGAUGCUGCAUCUAAAUAUUGCAAUGUAAAAAAAAAACGCGAAAUUUCAUUGAGAAAUCAAUCGCUUGAUUCGCGCCGUCAUCAUUUUAGAAAAUAAUGAAAUAUCUUUACUUUCUUCUCAAAAUGUAUUUUUGCAUGCUGCGCGACUUCACCUUUCUCUUUGUAUUAAAGCUAAACUUCUACCACGAGCUAUUUUGAUUCGUUUGAGUUUUCGCGCGCUCACGUAUCGCUCGGCAAUGCUGCCACAAUAAGAAACGCGUCGCGUCACCGUUGAUUUCAUUACACUCAUAAAUUCGUUUUUCACAAAUAAACUUUAUUUUUAUUUACCAUCGCGAUUGAUUUCCGAUUAAUUCCCAAUCGAAAAGAUGCUAAGUUUCUGCCUCCUCUCUGUCGCGCGCGUCGAUCCAUGUCCUAGAGACUUUUCGCCGCGAUGCACCGGUUGGCGCAUCUGCCGGCCGAGGUCGCCGCAGUUCAGUGAAUUGACCUCAGUACGCCGUGAAGCUGCAUCGAGGGAGGGUACGGCCAUCGGUCGAUCAAUCGACUUGUCAUACUUCAGAUGACAGCUCGUAGAGUCGCGAGCGAUUUUGUGAGCGGGAACCAUCGAUUUUCGCAUCCGUCGUGAAAACGAUAACAGAUCUUGCUGGCAAGUUAAUCAUGGAGCUUGAAAAUUGCAAUGCGCACGGAGAUCAGGAGAACAAUACGGGGCCUAACACACCGCAGCACGACAACGAUCCGAGUGGCAAUAAAAAGUGGUACCGGCAAGCCAGCCAAAGGACCGAGGCUGCUUUUCCCGGACGACUCGAACAUAUUCCUCCCCGAGGAAUCGAUCAUCCAUCGUACCAUGCUUGGCCUUAAGGUAGGACUGACCAGGAACGAUCGUAGCGAGCAAGACCUGGACAGCUACAACGAGGGCAUGCACGGCGCCCGCACCGAUAAGCGCGAACUGGGGCACAGAAUUUUUGUUAAUCGGAGUCUUCAUUUGGAGAACAUCAAGUUCUAUGGCUUCGACAUGGAUUACACAUUGGCAGAAUACAAGUCGCCACAGUAUGAGCAAUUGGGCUUCAAUCUGGUCAAGGAUCGUCUAGUAUCUCUGGGAUAUCCGCAGGAAAUCAAGGCCUUCGAAUACGAUCCCAGUUUUCCUGUUCGUGGAUUAUGGUUCGACACUUUAUACGGAAAUCUCUUGAAAGUGGACGCCUACGGGAACAUCUUAGUCUGCGUCCAUGGCUUUGAAUUUUUGAAACACUCUCAGGUCUACGAGCUUUAUCCAAAUAAAUUUCUACAAUUAGACGAGUCUAGAGUCUACGUGCUCAAUACUUUGUUCAAUUUACCGGAGACCUAUCUGCUGGCAUGUCUGAUAGACUUUUUCACAAACUCGCCGCAAUAUUCCAGAGAAAAGACCGGAGUGAAAGAAGGUGAGCUCACCAUGAGCUUCAAAAGUAUAUUUCAGGACGUCCGAAACGCGGUAGAUUGGAUACACCUUCACGGUGAUCUGAAAUCGAAGACUAUCGAGAAUUUAGAUGAAUACGUAAAGAAGGACGAGAGGUUGCCUAUGUUCCUUACGAGAAUCCGAGAGAGCGGAGCAAAAGUGUUUUUAUUAACUAACAGUGAUUACGUUUUCACGGACAAAAUUAUGACUUAUUUGUUCGAUUUUCCACACGGUGCACGGCCUGACGAACCGCAUAGAAACUGGCAAACCUAUUUUGACACUAUUGUGGUAGACGCCAGAAAGCCAUUGUUCUUCGGAGAAGGAACUAUUUUGCGUCAAGUGGACACGAAGACAGGCGCUCUAAAACUUGGCACACACAAAGGACCACUUCACACAGGAGAAGUAUAUUCCGGAGGAUCGUGCGACGUGUUUACGGAAUUAAUUGGUGCAAAAGGAAAAGAUGUGUUGUAUGUCGGUGAUCACAUAUUCGGAGAUAUUUUAAAGAGUAAGAAGAUAAGAGGAUGGAGGACAUUUUUAAUAGUCCCCGAAUUGGUUCAAGAGUUACAUGUUUGGACCGACAAAUGUCAAUUGUUUGCCGAAUUACAGAAUCUGGAUGUUAUGCUUGGAGAAAUGUACAAAAACUUAGAUAGUAGUACAAAGGAAAAGCCCGAUAUUUCUAAGUUACGCGCGUCCAUAAGGGAUGUCACACACAAAAUGGACCUUGCUUACGGUAUGAUGGGUUCCCUGUUUCGUAGCGGAAGUAGACAAACGUUUUUCAGCAGUCAAGUUGUGAGGUACGCCGAUUUAUAUGCGGCGACUUUCUUGAAUCUGAUUUACUAUCCAUUUUCGUAUAUGUUUAGAGCUCCUGCUAUGUUGAUGCCUCACGAGAGUACGGUAGCACACGAACAAAGGUUCGUUAUGGAAACGCCAAUGAUAAGUCGUUCGAGAACAUUUAAAUUAGCAGAUGAGGAAGAAGAACAUAAUCGGCUUUCUUCCAAGAAUUUGUAUGUGGACCAUUUUAAUAAUCAAAUACCACAUGCAAGACCGGAAACGCCGCGUAAUGUUACACAUACACACGAUGAGGAUUGUAGCGACGAAGAUAGCGAUUCGCAGAAGCAAGCUAAUCAAACGAGAGUAUCUACAAGAAACGUAAAUUCCAACUGA